AUGACUUGGCUCAAGGGUGCCUUUGCCUGCUGUUCUGCCCACGACCGGCUAGAAGCGGACACCCGACAUGCCCGCAUCGUCGCAGUCACCAAUGACUACCACUACAACGGACGACGGGCACAGAGCCACCACCACCACUACGACAAUCCCCCGGCCUACCAAGACAUUACGCCUCGACCACUGAUACCUAUAGACGAAAAAGAUUCUGCAUAUCUCAUCACAGACGCGCAUGAAUCAUUACGGCCCUCAUCGCCUCAUUCCUCGGUCGUCUCGGUCCCCUCUACUCGAGUGACGGAUCUGACUGCCUUGCCCACGGGAGACACCGCCGUAACGUUCACGUCCACGAGAGGAAGUCUGGAAGGAGCCGUGAAUCGUGAGAGCCGACCGCCUUCAUACUAUUCGACGCUGAGGAGGAGUCCGACUCCCAACCUUAUUGCGUCUGAUGGUGGCUUGGCCGAAGAGGAUGGAAGAGAUGAGGUCUGGCAACAUCCGGUCAUGAGAAGUGAUUGGUUAGGAGUGCUACGACGGGAUGCGCGCAGACAUGCUGCGUCGUCUGAGGCAUAUGGGGAGCAUGUCGCUCACGACGCAAGACCAGCGGAUCAGACGUGA